AUGCCUUCUUUGUCCAGCCCUACCGUCGCUAAACGCGAGUCUCUACCCACUGCAGGCAGUGUUUUCUUUGUCUCUUCUAAUGGCCGUGUUCUGAGGCUUCCCAUUCCGAGCAGAUCCUAUCGUGAUCCGCUCACUUGGUCAUCAACCAAGCGACUUCUAGGGUUUUGUGCUUUGCAAUGUCUUUCUAUUUCUGCGUCUUUUGCGUUGAAUCUUCCCGGUUUGUUGGUCCGGGCAAUCACUGAAGAGUUCAAGGAUAAGGAAACUGGUCCAUUUAGUGUAGAGUCACUGUCCUCAGCCAUGACACUGUUCACAGGCCUUGGGUUCCUCAUCGGCAUUCCGCUAUCUACGGCGGUUGGUCGACGACCAGUCGUAGUUGUUGCAGCUGUCAUAACAUUCCUUUCAACAAUGUGGGCUGGACACAUAGAAGUAUUUAUCGAGUUGCUUCUUUGCGUUUGCUUGCAAGGACUGGCUGCUGGAUCAGUGAGUGGCAUGAGUAUCCUGAUCCUUAUCGACGCGACUUUUAUCCACGAACGUCCUACCGCUCUAUCUCUAUUCUGGUGUCUGGGAUCAGCUUCCAUCAGAUUAUCAAUCUUGGUGCUGCCGUAUACCACAGACUUGUCUACUUCCUGGCGAUGCGUCUACCAAGUCUGGCUUGCUCCCUGCACACUUGCUCUUCUACUGGUUAUCAUAUUUGUUCCAGAGACCUUCUUCCUCCGACCACCUGUCGCACUCGAUGGAAGGGUUUUGGUCCAGAGCGGCUCAGAGAAAGUCGAAAUCUAUGGAGGCUGGGACGAAGUUGAGUCUCUGCGAAACGAGAAGCCUUUGCCUGAUAUUCCCUCUUCUUCCUCGUUUUGGUCUCACUUCAAAGUCACGAGAGCGCCUGGAACUAACUGGGAGUCCGCGGCGGCUACAUAUGGACAAAUGCUCUUGUGCAUCCUCAACCCCCUCACCUUUUGGGUUUCACUUCUCGCAGGGGCCAUCCUCAGCGGUGUUAUCUUCCUCAACCUUACUCAGUUUUCCGCUAUUAUGGAAGAGGGAGGAGUCAAGGAUGCAAAGACAAUCAACGCUUUUCUUUCUCUCUCAGGAAUAAUUGGUUCUCUGUUAGCAUUCCCAGCGAUGGGACCCCUCGCCACAUGGUUCACUCGCUAUCACAGCUUCCGUGCAGGAGGUAUUCGUCAUGCCGAAGUCUAUUUGGUUCUAUUCGCUGUUCCUGUCCUUACAGGAGUAACUAGCGUCUUGGUUAAUGGUCUAAUACUAAUGCGAGGCUGGUCCUCAACCUGGAUCUACAUCACAUCUUCUCUAAGCAUUAUCAGCUAUCUAACUGGCAACGUCGCCUUUACUCUAUGGAUUACAGAGGCAUUUCCCAAAUGGGCCGCUGCGGCUUUGGCUGUGCAACUGUUUACUAGCAACAUGGUUGGAUUUGGAAUAGGUAGCGGUAUAGCUCCUUGGAUCCAAGAGUUCCAGAUCGUGGAGCCCACUGUUCUCAUUUCUGUCCUUAUAGGUGUCCUGGGUACCUUUGCUGUACCCGCUGCAUUUUGGGGAAAGACAGUUCGGCAGUACAUACACGGUCGAUGGAGUGAUUCAGAAAGGACUGCUCUGCGUCCCCAAUAA